AUGACGAACCAAUUCUCCCGACUCGUCGCACGCGAUGACAGCGACAGCGGACUUUCCAACACGAUGCUCGACCUGAUGAUUGCUCUCCUUGUUCUGGUCCUCCUCGGCCUUGGCCUCGUCGGAGGACUCCUGAUCCUUCGUCGCAAGAAGCGCAACAACCGCAAUCAAAACCUGCUCCCGGUAUACAAUGGCGAAUCUCCCGCCCACCGACGUCGCUUGACCAUCUCUACGAAUAAAACCGAUUCUGUCAUGGUCUAUGACGAAAAGCGAAGCCUCAUGGAGAACUCCGACAGCCCACCUCCAAGCCCUGUCCCCGAGAUCCGAAUCACUUUCCCCGAAGAAGAGGAUGAAAGUGGCAAGCGCAAGUCCGGACGCAUGGUCAUCGUGAGAAUCAGUGAUGCCGGCAGCGUCGGCCUGGAGCCUUGCCAGGAAGAACUCCCCCCUUAUCAAUCAAACGACACCGGUCGUUUCCAGUCUCUGGAUAUUGAGCGCAUGGGAGGCCUCAAGGAAAAGGGAGACACAUACCGUUAA